UGCUUCAUUGGGGCGGAAGUGAAUGAACGCCGGAGGGGGCCGCUUCCCCGCCGGGUCCUGGGGCGAGUAGCGGGGGAGGGGACGUGUCCCGCCCGUGGCAGGUGAGGCGUUGCGUUCCCCGGGGCGGCUGGGCCCCCUGCGCUGCGGGGGGCGCCCUGGCCCGGCCGCCGGUGUAAGACCCCGUGGCAGGAUGAGCAGCUGGGUCCAGUUUAUAUGAACAAGGAGGUGGUCUUGUGGGUCUGUUCUUGAGCAUUUCAGCUCUCCAGCUGAGAUGGUUCAACAUGGCUGAUGGCUCCCAGGACGCCUCAGAUAUCGCAGAGCCUUUAGACGUAUCCUAGGCCUGUCUGGAAAUGGGCGCAGAUGAGACGCCUCACACUGGACAAUCUGGUGAAAGGACAGAGGCAAAGGCUAUAACCCUGGACUCUGAGAAAACUGCUAAUGCAAAAGACAGUCUCCCAUCUCCAGAGAGAGCUGCCACGUGUGAGCAGAAAGGCACGAUGGCUACAGUGACCCAGAAGCACUUCCUGGAAGGGCAGACUUACUCUGUCCCUCUGAUCCAACCUGACUUGCGCAGGGAAGAGGCUAUUCUGCAAGUUGCAGAUGCACUUCAAUACCUUCAGAAAGUGUCUGGGGAUAUCUUCAACAGGAUCUCCCAGAGGGUGGAGGCCAGCCGGAUGCAGCUGCAGGCAAUUGGUGAGAGAGUCACUCUCGCUCAGGCUAAAAUUGAGAAGAUAAAGGGCAGCAAGAAGGCUAUUAAGGUGUUUUCCAGUGCCAAGUACCCUGCUCCAGAGCGGCUACAGGAAUACAGCUCUAUUUUUGCUGGCGCAGAGGAUCCAGCCAAGCAGAAAGGGCAGAAACACAAGGUUCAGAGCAAGCACAGAGUGCUGGAUGAGAAGUGCCUGCAGGAGAAGCUGAAGUACUUCCCAGUGUGUGCAAGCACCACAGUGCACCAGGAGGAUGAUGCAGAAGAAGGCCUUGGCAGCCUCCCCAGGAACAUCAGCUCCCUUAGCUCCCUGCUGCUGUUCAACACCACGGAAAACCUGUAUAAGAAGUAUGUCUUCCUGGACCCUCUGGCAGGAGCGGUGACCAAGACCCAUGUUGCUCUGGAAACUGAAAUGGAGGAGAAGCUCUUUGAUGCACCUCUGUCUAUUACCAAAAGAGGGCAGUUGGAUCAACAGGUAGCUGAAAAUUACUUCUAUGUCCCUGAUCUGGGGCAAGUGCCUGAGAUAGAUGUGCCUUCCUACCUGCCUGAUCUGCCCGGCAUUGCAGCUGAUCUCAUGUACAGUGCAGACCUGGGGCCUGGCAUCGCACCCUCAGCCCCCAGCAGCGCAAUCCCAGAGCUACCCACCUUCAGUACAGAGUCAGCAGGGGCUUUCCAGCCAGGUCUCCCGGAUGGUGUGCUUAUGCCCCCACCCCCGCCUCCUCCCCCGCCUCCUCCCCCACCUCCGGUUAUGCCAGCUACUGCACCCCCUCCGCCUCCUCUGCCCCAGCCUGCAGCCCUUUCCAAAUCACCCAAGGCAGCAAAUGAGGAAAGCAGCAGUGCAGUGCCUGCAGCUGCAGUCCAGGGGGCUCCAAAGGAAGUUGUGAACCCUUCAACUGGCCGAGCCACUCUUCUGGAGUCCAUCCGUCAGGCUGGGGGCAUUGGAAAAGCCAAUCUACGGAGUGUCAAGGAGAGAAAGCUGGAGAAGAAGAAGCAGAAGGAGCAAGAGCAAGUGAGAGCUACGGGUCAAGGUGGGGACUUGAUGUCAGACCUCUUCAACAAACUGGUGCUGAGGCGAAAAGGCAUUUCAGGUAAGGGGCCAGCAGCUGCAGGUAAUGCUGAUGCUCCAGGGGGCCCUGCCGGUGCCUUUGCACGUGUGUCGGACACGAUACCACCCCUCCCACCCCCACAGCAGCCUCCUGGUGAGGAUGAAGAUGACUGGGAGUCAUAAAUGGUGCCAGCCUCAGGCCCUGGAUUGAUUUCCCGUUACUCGUCAGUGAAUCCGCCACUGCUGAGCUAAGCACCUCAGAUGGACCAGCUUGUGGAAAUAUCCUCUGGAGGGUGGGCACUGGAUUGGCAGAGGGACCCUGUCAUUUCUUCUUAGUUCCUGCUGUUCCAGCUCAUCUCUAACCCUUGCUGAAUAUAGUUAUCAAUGAGUGUUACUUCUGCUGUUUGCGUUCCCCACCCCAAAUCAUACAUUUGAUCUCAGCCAUUGCUGCUGCUCAAUAAACCCUGCUGUAGCUUGAGGGCUGUCGUGCUGCUGAUGCUCAAGAAGCAGAAUGAGCAUCUCUCCCUAUUAAGGGGCCUUCAGUCUUUCUGAAUGUGAUACAUGCCAAUUUGCUGCAAGAGCUGUGCUUGCAAAACAGCCCUUGCCUCUCCGUGCCCCUUGCUGACAGCUGAUUGUUUGCCUGGAUGCUCUUGCGUGCGAGUUCUGGGAAUAGAUGGGAAUGUGUGGGAUUUGAAACCACCCAGUCCUAAAGUGGGUCAAAUAGAAAGCAGCAGCACUGAAGUAGCUACUAUGAAACCAACUAACUGCAGUGGAGCUAUGGCUGUUCUUUCUUAUUAGUACAAAUGGUUUCUACAUGCAUCAUACCAUAACUCCAGGAACAAAUGCACAGCAGCCUCUUCUCCAUCCUACUUGAGGAGAUGAGUGGAGUGCUCAUAAUUAAUAUCUCCAGGGAAAGCCCAGCUGUCCACCAUUAGUCUCUGGCAGAGCUAGUGAACAGCAUGCAUUUUCUAGACUAGUCUAGCCAAGGCAGAGACUGGAGGUGCUAAGUGGGCCAGGUACUGUACACCUGAGGGUUUUCUCAGAGCUUAGGCAAGAGCCUGAAAGCUGGACUAGGGGUAGAAAAGGAUGAAGCAGCUACAGCAAAGUGUCUACAGAUAACUUUUAAUAAGCAGCUGUUUCUCCCCCUGGGGCUAGUUAGAUGGGACCUAGAGUUCCUCACAGUACUGGCUCAUUGUCUAAUCUUCACUUUGUGCCCACUUCAGAGCUGGGUUUGCCUGAACACUGUGCUGUAGGAGAAGGUAGAGUCCAGCUCCAGAAAAACCAAGCAUAUAAAAAGAUUUAAUACACUUGUGUAAGCCUGAAGAAGGGGGUAUUCUCUUUCUCUCUAUAGAAGGGCAAGAGUAGUGCAAGGGCUUCCUCACCUCUGAACUCUUCUGUGAGCUACAGGAUGACAGGUGUGGGUUUUCUUAGCCGCAACCCUCUGUACUGCCUCUGACUGUUCAUAACAAAGCUAAGAGGGGGCAGCCCCUUCCUUUUCUCUUCAUUUAUUCUGGUGUGCAAAUACAGAAAGGGGUUUAAACUAAAUUUACCCUCUCUUCUUUGUCAUGUUUGAGCUACCCUUUCUCAUCUAUAAGCUGCAUGAAUGUGGUUUGCAGGAAAGGCAGAGGUAAAGUUGAACAGCUGGAGGGGCUGCUUGCAGAGAAAGUAGUGUGAUCAAAGGAAAACAAAAUAAAUGAUGCAGUGUUUUCUGACUGCCUGAUGUACUCAGUCCAUAAAGCAGAGCUCACUUACUCCCUUGUGGAAUAGCGAGGCAGGCCUAGAGCUAUGCUUCGGCUCUACACUUUGUCCACACUAGCUUGAAGGUACUGUACUCAGACGGUGAGCGCUUUACACCUACCCUGCAAGAGCAAAGUGACGAUGGCUAGCUGUGACUAAACAAUUGUGUAAUCUAGAAAAGAUGCUCCUUCAGCUAGCAAACAAUGCAGUAGAGCCAGGUGCCAGCCAUGCUUGGACUUUUUUAGGUUCCAGGAUUUCUAACCACUCUCCGUUUCAACAUUAGCAUAUGCAGAAUGAUUUGGAGCCAGAACUCUAGCUUUCUAGUUGUGCCCUUUAGUAAUAAGGGCCCAGUCUUUCCAGUUCCCCACCUCCCUUUACUCUCCGUAACAGCUGAGGGCUCUAUCAAGGCUCAGCAUUAUUAACAGUGAUACCAGAGAAUGUUGCUUUUCUCUAGGAUUCAUUAAAAGCAGUUCCUCUAGGGAUAAAGCUAAUAGUCAAAAGUGCUUAAAAAGCAGAGAUGGCAAAGUUAUUUUCUUGCUGUUCAGUUGCUCAGUGUCCCUUGUCGAUUAUAAACGUGCAGCUGUAUGCAACUUCCCGUCAUAAGCUGCUAAGUUACACACUGCAUUCACCAGCAUAAGCACCUAUGAGUGGACUGGUUAGCUAGUUACAUACUCUCUCAAGCCCCUCUCCUGGUCACUAGCAGGACCUCCACAUUUCAUGUAAAGUGUAUCUUUACUCUUCCCCAACCUCAGUGCUGGAAAGAGGAG